GACGCCAACCCCCCAUCUAAAUGCCCGCAGCCUGAAAAUGUUGGUUGUCAGAUGGUGCAAGAAGAACUAGCUCCCGUCCUCAUACCCCUUCCGCAUCGCAACCCCUCAGUGGCUGAUAUCUCUCAAUCUAGCACGCAGUCACCGGAAAGGGAGCUCACAAAAGCACAGAAGCGCAGGAGGCAAAGGCAGGCAGCGGAGAAACAACUACCAAUCCAAGCCGCUCCCGAGGCCUGUCCGGAAUCGACCGGGCAUGAGACGGUAUCGCCCCCCUUAGAGGUAGUAGUUGCUUCGGCAUCUCUGCCCUCACCCGUUGUACAAUCACCACAAGUGUCAUCCAGGGAGGGCGCAAGCUCAAGUUCUGAACAGGCUGCUUCGUCGUCUAACGGGCUCGCCCAAAUAGGGGAAGCUGUGUCCUUACUGACUCCUGCGCACGACUCUGCACCCAAUCAUGGACCUCUGGCCAUGAAUGCUGGAUUGGCUAUGCGCAGGGGGGUCCAGUUUAUACCAAUUAGGAACGUUCAGGUGGGACUAGGAUUCUUCAACGUCAUUGGCGUUGUCACUUCAGCCAAGCUUCCAACAUCAACGCGCACACAGGAAUGGACCCGUGUUUUCUCCAUUGUCGACCCAUCCUGCAUGGAAUAUGGUGCAGAUUGUUUGGCUUAUAAAUUUACAGUCAAUUGCUUCCAGAAAAAGCACGUUGCAUGGCUCCCUCAGGCUGAAGUUGGAGACAUCGUUAUUUUUUGGAGGUUAAAGGCUACCACGUUCAACAGCGGGGCUCUCAAUGGCACAGGGUACUGGGAUAAGCUUCGAUGGGUCACCUACGAUACCAAAAUGCGGCGCUUCCGCAAACCCGACGAAGAGGAUGCUUUGCGUUCUGAAACAUCAUACCGAGGGCUUGGUCGUUCAUACUCGCCUUACUACGAGCCAAAUAUGCAAGGUGAAGAAGUGAAGUACUGUGCUCAGCUGGCCGACUGGUGGCAGGCCAUACAAGAGAAAUCGCAAGGUAUCACAGCCGCGCAGUGUGUCUCACAGCCUUCGCGAGAGCAUCAUCUGAUCUCUGAAGUCGCACCGGAUGCCUUCCCUCAAGGUUAUUUUGAUUGCACCGUCGAAGUUUUGCACAGCUAUGACAACAGCAGUGGAUCCUGCACCGUAUACGUCACUGACUACACCAUAAAUGCUCACACCAACAUUCCUCGAGCAAAUUGGUGUUCGCCAGAGCUGGCCGCAUAUGUCUUCAGAAUUGAAAUGUGGGACGACGCGAGGCGCCUUGCGAAGACGAUGCAGCCCGGCCAAUGCUGGUACCUCCCAAAUGCACGUGCGAUGGUAGACUCCUGCCUCCAUAUCUAUGGUAAAUUGGUGGAAACCCAUAAGUCAAAACAGCUUGAUCAGGUCCAAGAUGGCGAACAACUGCAUUUCUGCGCAUUGCUAGAACGCAAAAAGAAGUUUCAGCAGGGGGAAGGCUGCCCUUCUGUAUGGUUUGAUAACUGGUUGAUUGAAGAUUUUGACGAAGAAGUAGGACUAUUCAACUGCACAGUCGAGGUCCUUCAUGCCGAUCUUGCUUCUGCAGAAGAGCCAUUAGUCUAUGUCACAGAUUACACGUUCAAUCCUGACCUCAUCGAGCUAGCAGAGCCUGCUUCCUGGGCCCUUGGCCUUGACCGCCGGAUCCUUAAAAUUGCCCUGGAGGGUGGACAGAAAGGGAGAGCUCGUGAUCUUCAGCCAGGCGUGAUGUAUAGAAUAAAAAAUCUACGGUUGAUCCGGAGGCCUGGCGUAAACGGUACUUUUGGGUGUCUGAAAGGUGAUGAACAAGCGAUCAUAGCUGCUGAUGACUACGAGAAGGACGAAGUAAAAGCUCUUCUACAGCGCAAGGAAACAUGGAAGCUUGAAAUGAAACAGAUCGCGCCGUUCGUCAAAUCACCGGCUAACUCCCCUCCAACAUCACACCUUCCUACUCCGGAGGCAUCAGAGACUCUGACUUUGCUGCAAGUCAUCACCAGCACGGCAUGCCCUGAUACAUUCACAUUCAUCGCGAGGGUGCUUGAUUUUUGGCCCUUGUAUUUGGAUCAAGCCACGUUCCUGGGUUGCCCUAAAUGUCACACAGUGUUACGCCGGCCUCAGACACAUUGUGUUGGCUGCAACGACGUCCUUGGCACAGGCUGUAAAUGGUUCUAUAAACUGAUGUUCCAACUGGAAGAUGAUGAAGGAAGCACUAUAACGGUUUCUGCCUGCAUACCAGAGUGUAAACUUCUAUUUGGGCUGCCUCCCGUCGACUUGGAAGCGGAUAAAGAGGCUUUUCUUAGAUUUAGGACUCGCCUACAACCCAUUAUCGGAAACCUGAUAGAAGUGCAUGAUGGUUAUGCAACGGAUGAGGACCUGCCUGUGGUUACCCCAACUCUGCGCUGUACCGUCCGGAGUUGGAGCGCGAAAGGUCAACGAUGGUAUGGACUUUUGGAAUGUACUCUGCUUUGA